CUGGAAACAAGUAACACCGAGUGAUAACUAUCGUGUCUCUGGAGUUAACUUCACACACAGCUGCUCGCACCACUUCGCCCGGUCCUCUCCCAGCCGCCCGUCAAAAUGUCCAGGGUCUUGUUGUCACGCUUCACGACAUCCUUGACAUCCUUGAAGCGCAGCAGUGGUCGUCUUCUGCCUCUGGAACCAGUGCUCUGCUCGCUGUAUAAGAUGUCCUUUGGCAGGCAGCUAUCUGACAUGCAAAGGAUGCCAGGAUCAGCCCCGAUCAGUGGCCUGGGACCAUGGCCCAAAGAUGUGGGCAUCAUUGCCUUGGAGCUGUACUUGCCGUCGCAGUACGUGGACCAGACGGAGCUGGAGCAGGAGGACGGGGUGGCUCCCGGUAAAUACACCGUGGGGCUCGGCCAGGACCGCAUGGGCUUCUGCUCGGACCGCGAGGACAUCAACUCUCUGUGCCUCACCGCGGUCCAGAAGCUGAUGGAAAGGAACGGCCUCUCCUACGACAGCGUGGGUCGCCUGGAGGUCGGCACCGAGACAAUCAUCGACAAGUCCAAGUCCGUGAAGACGGUCCUCAUGCAGCUGUUUGAGGACUCUGGUAAUACAGAUGUGGAGGGCAUCGACACCACCAACGCCUGCUACGGGGGCACAGCUGCUCUCUUCAAUGCUGUCAACUGGGUGGAGUCCAGCUCCUGGGAUGGCCGGUACGCUGUGGUUGUAGCGGGGGACAUUGCUGUUUACGCCUCAGGAAGUGCGCGGCCCACAGGAGGGGCCGGGGCCGUGGCCAUGCUGGUGGGGCCCAACGCUCCUCUGGCCUUUGAACGAGGUCUGAGAGGAACCCACAUGCAGCACGCCUACGACUUCUACAAGCCCGACCUGAUGUCAGAGUAUCCCGUGGUGGACGGGAAGCUGUCCAUCGAGUGCUACCUGAGCGCCUUGGACCGCUGCUACGCUGUGUACCGCAACAAGAUCCACGCUCAGUGGCAGAGAGGUGGGUCAAAGGUCAUCCAUAGAAUGAUCCUCCAACAUUUACAAGGUUCAAGGUUAUCUUAUCUGUAUAGCACCACGGCAAUUCAAAGUGCUUCACAUAGGCAUUUAACACAUCAUAAUUCAACACAAGACAAUUCAUCAAAUGGAUCAAAUACAGCUCAAAGUGCAAAGAUAAGGCACGGUUAAAGGAUCUGAAGAUAGGCUGCUGAACCGUGGGUUGGGCGGACCUCAGACUUUCAUGCAGUUUGUUCCAGGCUUGUGUUGCAUCAAAGCUAAAAGCAAGUGAAGGCUUACAGGACAGAUGUGGGUGUGAAACGAACUCAUACUCAACUCUCUCUUGGUUUACCGUAAGCAGAAGUUGUGAGUAGUACGUGACUGAUACUAGGCAACAUGUGCAGACCACAGAUUUGCUCCACCAAAGGAAAUGUCAACCAGCAGAACUGUGCAGUGUUCAUAUGAAGAAGUGCGGACAUU